GAAUCGGACCCGAGGGCUUUCUGCAGCCGGCGGGCCAGAGCGGUGGCCACGGUCCCUGGGAGCGAGCGUGAUCCGGACGAGCGGCGCCACCCAGACCCACCCCGCCAGCCUGGAUCGCGGCUCGCCGAAGGCCUCGAGCCCGCAGCCCCCAGCUCCAGCGCGGUCCCCGCAGCCCCCGGACCAGGGAGCCGAGCUCCGGCGCUGCGCCCCCGCCCCGCUGUACCAGCAUGUCCUCGACGGAGAGCUCCGGACGCGCUGCGGACAAGUCGCCGCGCCAGCAGGUGGACCGCCUGCUCGUGGGGCUGCGCUGGCGACGGCUGGAGGAGCCGCUGGGCUUCAUCAAAGUUCUCCAGUGGCUCUUUGCUAUUUUCGCCUUCGGGUCCUGCGGCUCCUACAGCGGGGAGACAGGAGCAACAGUUCGCUGCAACAACGAAGCCAAGGAUGUGAGCUCCAUCAUUGUUUUGUUCGGCUAUCCCUUCAGGUUGCAUCGGGUCCAGUAUGAGAUGCCUCUCUGCGAUGAUGACUCCACAUCCAAGACCAUGCACCUCAUGGGGGACUUCUCUGCCCCUGCCGAAUUCUUUGUGACUCUUGGCAUCUUUUCUUUCUUCUAUACGAUGGCUGCUCUGGUCCUCUACCUGCGAUUUCACAAGCUCUAUACAGAGAACAAGCGCUUCCCACUGGUGGACUUCUGUGUGACUGUCUCCUUCACCUUCUUCUGGCUAGUAGCUGCAGCUGCCUGGGGCAAAGGCCUGACUGAUGUCAAAGGGGCCACACGGCCAUCCAGCCUAACUGCAGCCAUGUCUGUGUGUCAUGGAGAGGAAGCAGUGUGCAGUGCCGGAGCCACACCCUCUAUGGGGCUGGCCAACAUCUCUGUGCUCUUCGGCUUUAUCAACUUCUUCCUGUGGGCUGGGAACUGUUGGUUUGUGUUCAAGGAGACCCCAUGGCAUGGACAGGGCCAGGACCAGGGCCAGGGCACCAGCCAGGAGAGCACAGCUGAGCAGGGAGCAGUGGAGAAGCAGUAAUCAGCCCCCACCUGGCUAUUCCCGGAAUGGACAGCACCUCUUCACCACCUCCGGCUUCCAGGACCUCCCUCUUCUCUUCCAACUCCCUUUCCCCAUCAUUCUGGGCUUUGAUCUUUGAGAUGACGAAUGGACAGCCAUCUGCUGUCAGAAACCUGGGCGCCCCUACCACUGGCUUCCUGUCCUCUUCCUGCUAGAACCCCUGAAGACAAGAGUUCAGUGCUUCUUGUCUAAAGCCAAAACCAGACAUGUUAUUGGAGUCUUACCUGUAUCUUUCUAGCCUCUGGGAACUAGCCUAGGUUGCAAGCCAGGACUAGGGGCAAGACACCAGAGCUCUGAGACUGGUCCCUAGUAACCACCUUUCUGUCAACUGUUUAGCCUCAAUGUUGUAGGGAUUAAGGAGCAAGCUGGCAGUCUCGCUCCUAUCCCUGCAUGGAGGGCCCAACCGUGACUUGGUGACAGCCCUUAAUGGCUGUCAUCUAGUCUCUGUGUCUGAUCUCUAGCCUGCCCAGAGCAUAGUGUGUUUCCCAUUCUCUUCUCUGGCCCCUUGCUUUUCUACAGCACUUGUCACUUGGGAACUAGGAGGUCUGUCAGCCUAGAAAAGGGCCUAAGGAGGGUCCUUAUGAGGCCUGACCUCAGUGGGAGCAGUUAAACUGCAACUGAGUUGCAACUUCAAGGAAGAAACCAAGGAAAGUUACUGGCAGAAUCCUUUGUCUAUCUCCCUUCAUCCUUCCAUCCACCAGACACUCUAAAAUCUAGAAACUUCUUACCUUCUUCCAUGCCCUUUUUGAGUUUGGUCUCAUCUCACACUUAAGAUACAAGAUGAGAGGCCUAGAAUAGCAUCUCAAGAUCUCCUCACCUUACCUCUCAGCUCAUCUCCCUACCCCAGCCUCUGGGGUCUGAGGCUUUGAAGACUGCCCAGGCCUUCUUUUCAUUCCCGUGGGGCCAGUGAAGGGCUUUGACAGGGUCCAAAAGACCAUCAUGAGGCUGAUUUGUCCCAGAGCCCUGGGACAUGGAUGGAUGGGCCCAUUUCUCCCUUACUCUCUCCUUCCCCCCCCCUCCCAGUACCUUCUCUGGUCCUUCUUUUGUCCUUUCCCUUCUCACCUUUACAAUGCCCUCUCCUUGGCCUUCCCAUCCUCUCCUUGCUUCCUAUUUUUGCCAGGCUCCAUAUCCUCCGCAGUCCAGGGCAGGCCGAUGCUAUUGGUGCUUCUUCACUUCGGGACCCAGUUCCAUAUUUGUCUUUGUCUGACACCUCCUUCAGUUCCUCUCUGGGCCCCAGGGCCUGAGAAUGCCAACUGGGUAAGGGCCACCUGCCUCCUACCUGGCCUCUUCCCUGCCAUAGGGCUGCUCAGGGAAGCAUGAAGAGGGAAGAAAUCUAUCCAUUUUUCUAUCUAUCCCAAAGGUGAAUGUGUCCUGUACCAGUUUCUCCUCAGGAUUUAGUCAAUCCUUUCCACCUCUUCCCCUCCCUCCUGUGCCAUUCAUAGUAACAUGUGCAUUACUUGGGCACUUAAGGCUUAAGACCUCUGAUUGAGGGCCACUCAUUUCUUUUUUGGGUCAGAACUCCCCCCACAUGACAGGUGAUGUGUGAGGUUUAUAACUCUAGAUGUUCUGGGGGUCCUUCAGUAAACGAAUUAGGUUAUUCUUUUCAUUAUUGGUUUUAUUUCCUUUUUUAGAUUUUUGGGAAGGGAUUUGAGGAGGGACGAAAUGAGAUGAAGGUGAAAAUCUUCCUAAGCCUGAAACUCUCUGUCCUGAGUUGUCCCAUGGUUACUCAAGGAAAGGGGGGAAGGUAGACAAUUUUGCCUACAGCUCCAGAGACACAAAGAACAAAGGGGUGACCUUCAUUUUUCUUCAAGCUGGCCCUUGUGGGGGGACUGUGAGCAGCUUCUACUGGAACUUUGUUUGGAUUCUGUGUUUGUAUUUAUAAUUUAACAGAUAUGUAAUAGAUAAAGCAGUCUCAUUUGGGGACUGAACUUAGAAACUGGCCUUUCCACUAGGAAAGGGGGGGUGUUAUUCAUUGCUGCCAAGAAGUCCUAGCUCAGAGCUUUUCCCUAGGCAGGAAGGCUCUUUCUUGUGCUCAAGAGGCUGGCUGGUUUUCAGAUUGUAGAUCCUUGAUUUGGGCUAUGGUCAGUCUCACCAUGGCCAUCCUAAGGCCAUUUCACCUCACUGCCUCCAGAGGGCUGAGCUAGGCCAAGUGCCAAGGGAAAGGCUGUCCUUACAGAACUGGAGUCUCCUUCCAACCAGGGCUGACAUCACUGCUUUGCCUAGUUGAACCCAAUGUAGGAGGUAUCUGGUUUCUCCAGCUGCUGUAGGAGGCCAAUAGACAGGGCACUUGCCCUUUGCCCUGGUAGAUUCUGACCCUGCCCAUCUAGGAUCUUUCCUAGAUAUGAGCCCACCAAAAUCAUGGUCAUGGGUCUCCUACUUCUGGGAUUGCAGAUCAGGGUGGGGGGAGAAUGUUGCAUGUUGUUUUCUGGUGCUUCAUUAUACAUUUGAAUAAACAGUGCUUCAAGCAUUUGCCAUGAAGGAGCCAAGACUGGAGCCCUCCUGGGGAUUUUUUUUUCUUCCUCUUCCUUGCUUUAAGACCUUGGAUAAAAAUCAGCAUUUCUACUAAGACCUCAUUCUACUCCUCUUUACUCUGCAGCCUAAGCAAUAGAGUCUGCUGGCUGAGUAGUUGUUCCUGGCAGGCCCCAGUCUGGUGACAUUGUCUCUUUUUGUGGCACUCCAUUUGUCCAAAGUAACUGAAACUCAUUAGCAAAUUUGGAGCAAACUCAAAGGGGGAGAAAUAGUGACUCCCACAAUGCAGUUUCCAUUUGCUUUCCUACCAUCUGUGACCCAAACAAGCUUCCUAUCAGGAAUCUGAGGGCCAUAUGCUUCAUUCUCUAGCAUAUACAGAUUGUGUGUGUG